CGCCGCCUCGCGCAGCCCACCGCUAGCCGCCCGCGCUGCUUUGAGCCGCCCGCUGCGAUGGAGGCCGCAGCCGCCGCCGCCGAGUUUGUAGUCGAGAGCCCCGACGUGGUCUACGGCCCCGAGGCCAUCGAGGCACAGUACGAGUACCGGACGACGCGCGUCAGCCGCGAGGGCGGCAUCCUCAAGGUGCACCCCACGUCCACGCGCUUCACCUUCCGGACGGCCCGGCAGGUGCCCCGCCUCGGAGUCAUGCUCGUCGGCUGGGGCGGCAACAACGGCUCCACGCUGACCGCCGCGGUGCUGGCCAACCGGCUGCGCCUGUCCUGGCCCACGCGCACUGGCCGCAAGGAGGCCAACUACUACGGCUCGCUGACGCAAGCCGGCACUGUGAGCCUGGGCCUGGACGCAGAGGGUCAGGAGGUGCACGUGCCUUUCCGCGCACUGCUUCCCAUGGUGGCGCCCGACGACCUGGUGUUUGACGGCUGGGACAUCUCGUCGCUGAACCUGGCCCAGGCGAUGCGGCGCGCACAGGUGCUGGACUGGGGUUUGCAGGAGCAGCUAUGGCCGCACAUGGAGGUCCUGCACCCGCGCCCCUCGGUCUACAUCCCCGAGUUCAUCGCUGCCAACCAGGGCGCGCGCGCAGACAACCUCAUCCAGGGCACGCGUGCACAGCAGCUGGAGCAGAUCCGCAAGGACAUCCGAGACUUCCGGUCCAGCAAGGGGCUGGACAAGGUCAUCGUGCUGUGGACUGCAAACACAGAGCGUUUCUGUGACGUGGUCCCAGGCCGAAACGACACGGCCGAGAACCUACUUCGAACCAUCGAGAUGGGUGAGGAGGUGUCCCCAUCCACGCUCUUCGCUGUGGCAAGCAUCCUGGAGGGCUGUGCCUUCCUUAACGGGUCCCCGCAGAACACACUGGUGCCGGGGGCGCUAGAGCUCGCGUGGCAACACCGGGUCUUCGUGGGCGGGGACGACUUCAAGACUGGACAGACCAAGGUUAAGUCGGUGCUUGUGGACUUCCUCAUUGGCUCCGGCCUCAAGACGAUGUCCAUCGUGAGCUACAACCACCUGGGCAACAAUGACGGGCAGAACCUGUCUGCGCCAUCCCAGUUCCGCUCGAAGGAGGUGUCCAAGAGCAGUGUGGUAGACGACAUGGUGCUCAGCAACCCGGUGCUCUAUGCACCCGGCGAGGAGCCAGAUCACUGCGUGGUGAUCAAGUACGUGCCGUAUGUGGGCGACAGCAAGCGCGCACUGGACGAGUACACAUCAGAGCUGAUGCUGGGCGGCACCAACACACUGGUGUUGCACAACACAUGCGAGGACUCUCUGCUGGCUGCGCCCAUCAUGCUGGACUUGGCGCUGCUGACCGAGCUGUGCCAGCGCGUGAGCUUCCGCACGGACGUCGACCCGGAGCCACAGGGUUUCCACCCAGUGCUGUCUCUGCUCAGUUUCCUCUUCAAGGCUCCACUCGUGCCUCCGGGCAGCCCAGUGGUCAACGCACUCUUCCGCCAGCGCAGUUGCAUCGAGAACAUUCUCAGGGCCUGUGUGGGGUUGCCGCCGCAGAACCACAUGCUGCUGGAGUACAAGAUGGAGCGCCCAGACCCCGCAUUCAAGCGCGUGGGGCCCGCGGCCUGCCAUGUGCCGCGCAAGAAAGGACCAGUGCCCACCGCCCCCAAUGGCUGCACUGGUGACGCCAACGGGCAUCCGCAGGCUGAGACACCCCAGACAGCCACCACCUGAGGCCACGGGGUCCACCGGCGCCCUCCCACUCCUGCCUCUCUUGUCUCUCAUGACCCCACCUGCCAGGCCACACCCAAGACCAUAAAGCUGGCAAUAAAGCUCGCGCCACUGUCACAACCAAGCCUCUGCCUACAGGUCCUUGAUGCCUGUGACUGCCGUUCUCUUUGCCACCACCCACUCAGCACUUGAGCCACUCCUGUCUCUAGCCUCGCCCCACCCCAACUUUUCCACAUGGUACUCAUAUCCAUCCUUCAAAAUCCAGCUGUUGCCCAUCCCCUGGGAGUCCCCCAGCACCCUGAAGUGCCUCUGCUCCCCCCCAAGUCCCCAAGGUGGGGUGCAGCUGCCCCAGGUAGAGAGUGGGUAUUGGUGCAGAUGGAGCGAAAAAAUGUGAGACACGGCUACCAAAACACAAAACCGAGU